AUGAAGACAAUAUUUUCAAUUGAUAUUGAGUGCAAGAUAGCUUCGUAUCUGCGUACUUUAGAAAAGUAUGGCUUUCCUAUAACUAAAAAGGAAGUUAAAACAUUGGUUUCGGAAUACGUUGUAAGAAAUGGGUGGAUAACUCCAUUUAAGGAUAAUAUUCCUGGAGAUGAUUGGUUUCGGCACUUUUGCAAAAGAAAUAAUCUAUCAUUAAAAAAAGCACCGUCAGUCGAAAUAGCUAGAAGGAAAGCUUGCAAUCCGUUCACCGUAUAUGAAUACUUUGAUUUAUUGGAAAAUGCCAUAAAUGAUUUGGAUCUGGUCGAGAAACCUGAGUGCAUCUAUAAUCUAGAUGAAACCAGUUUUUGCAACGAUCCUUCCAAGAGUAAAGUGCUUGGCCAAAGAGGGUAUAGUUCUACUAGGACAACUAGCUCCCCCGGCCGUGAUAACACAACUGUCCUAUUGGCAACUAAUGUCCCACCACUCAUAAUUUUUCAAGGAAAAUACUUGAGGAACGAGUGGUGUUACAAAAAUGAUAGUGUGAAAACAGCAUACGCUGUAAGCCAAAAGGGCUGGAUGGCAACAUCAAUUUUCGAUAAAUAUUUUUAA